CGCUUCAUUCAUCCCACCUCAUUGUGUGCGCACAUUUGAACACCAGCCUCGGCAAGAUUAAAGCAAAUACGACUCGGCUAUUCUCAAAAUGACAUCUCGAGGAGGCUCCAGAGCUGCUGCCACUGAUGGAAAUGGUGUUAAAUACAAAGAGAAGGCGAUUCCACAUUACCAGAUGAGUGCCUCUCUGAAGUCAGAGAUUCGGAAGUUAAACUUGGUCCACCUCUUGAUCUGGCUCCUGGUGGCUGCCCAGAUGACCGUCAGCCAUUUCAACCUGGUGUCACAUGACACGGUAGCGACACCAUACCAGUGGGAGUACCCCUACCUGCUCAGCCUCCUCCCCUUGCUCUUGAGCAGUCUGUCACUUCCAAAGAACAACAUUAGUUACCUGGUCAUUUCCAUGAUCAGCUCAGGGUUAUUCUCUGUGGCGCCUCUCAUCUACGGCGGUAUGGAGAUGUUUCCUGUGGCCCAGCUGCUCUACCGCCAUGGCAAGGCCUACCGCUUCAUUUUUGGCUUCUCUGCCGUGACUGUCAUGUACCUUGUGAUGGUGAUAGCGGUUCAGGUGCACGCCUGGCAGAUCUAUUACAGCAAAAAGCUGUUAGACUCAUGGUUCAAUGCCACUCAGGAAAAGAAGAAGAAAUAAUGGAAUGCAGAAUGUGCCUGGACGAAACUGUGUUUUUCUGUUCAUUCAUAAGUUGGCCCUGAGUCUUAUUUGUGUUAUUUAUUCAGUCAUCAUUCAUCCCUCAGUAGCAUACCUUAGCAAGUCAGAAGGAGCUUACAAGCAGCUGUAAAAUACAACUAUACAGUGUUGCCAUGAUUUGAAUGAAUGGAGUAAAGCAAGUUCACUCUUAAUCAAAAGCAACACUGAAGGCCUGACACAGCGUGGUUGACGACAGCUCUGUAUUAAAAGAAGCAGGUGUGACUUGGUUGUGUGCAAAUGUUUUCUCCCUGUCCUCAGGCCUUCCUCUUACUGUCACUGGAUCUCAGUUUUUGUACCAUUAGUAAAAAGGGAAAGGUAAUGAUCAUAAAUGGCUCUACUGUUGUUUCUGUCUGGUCUCCUCAGAAAGCCAUCUUACUGCAAGACAAAAUAAACUUUAUUUAUUUCUUCUCCCCCUUA